CAUAGGUGAAGUAAUUAUAGUUGAAUAUGGUAAGGGUGGUCACUGAAUCCCGUUCUGCAUUUACGAAGCGCGGUGAACGAAGGGUCCGAUUGCGCUCCUCCUCCUCGCCCAGCAAAGAAGGCGGCGCCGCGCGGUGACGCAACGGGAUUUCGGAGCACCUCCUUGGCGUGCAGUGCCGCCUUCCGGCCCCUUCAUCGAUUCGAGGGGAAGGACGCGGGACGAUGAUGUGUGGGGGUGGCGAGUGGCAGCGAGCUCGCAGAUAAGGAGGAGGGCAGACAGUGCGAUCACGUGGUCCAUUAUGGCAGCUGCAUGUUGCGCAACCUGUUGCUCCGCCAACGGCUCCGAGCUCCCGGACACGUAGGGGGUUUGACAGUACUGCUCCGUCGGUCGCCCGUGAUGUCUCGACGCCGUGGAAUUCGCUGCCUAACGGAUAACUGACACUUUCUCACCCCUUGCUCGGACCUGUCUUUUCUGGACAUCGUAUAACCACCAACAUUUGAGGCCGCGGCAGCAAGAUCAGCAAAAGGCAUCCGGCCGUGCUGGUGCGCCGAGUGACCAGGUAGGGUGCCCUCCGGCAGUCCCGAUGCCAUGCCCCGGACAGCCGGCCGCGCCCAGCGACGGGGCCGCUACCUGAGCGCCGUCGCCAGCACCACCACCCGCCGGCCACCCGACCGGCGCCGGGUUGCCCUGCCACCGCUGGCACCGAGGUGGGGGCCAACCCGCCCGCGCCCUGAACACGGCCAGGCGGUACGGCCGGCCACCGAGACGUGCACGUCGCCCUGCCGGAAGAGCUCGCGAGACAGGAACCUGCUGCACAAAGCGCUUGCGUUCCAAAGCCCUCUUCACAGGUUUCAAGGCUGCUGUACGCUGAACUUACACUCAGACAACCGGUAACAUGGACUCACGAGCUCACUAUCCAAGCGAGGGCAGCACGAAGAGGAGCCUGUGGACAUUGAGUGAAAUGGGGGACGAAGAGGAGGACGCUGGUGCUGCAAGGUCGGAAGCCGAAGAUGCCAAGAAGCAGAACCACAGCGAGAUCGAGAAGCGGCGCCGGGACAAGAUGAACAUGUACAUCAGCGAGAUGGCCUCGUUGGUGCCCAUGUGCAAGGCCAUGUCCCGGAAGCUGGACAAGUUGACCGUGCUGCGUAUGGCCGUGCAGCACAUCAAGACGAUACGCGGCUCCAUAAAUUCGUACACGGAAGGACACUACAAGCCACCAUGGUUGUCGGACGAGGACGUCAAGAACGUUGUUUUACAGGGAACUGAUGGGUUUCUGUUCGUUGUGAGCUGUGAUCGUGGUCGCAUCCUCUUCAUGUCGGAGUCUGUGCAACAGACACUCAACUACACUCAGGGUGAUCUCCUCGGACAAAGCUGGUUUGACAUUCUUCACCCGAAGGAUAUCGCCAAAGUCAAAGAGCAACUCUCUUCGCCGGACCUCUCUCCGAAGGAGAGGCUCAUCGAUGCAAAGACGAUGCUCCCGCUCAAGGGGGAAUUCCCGCAGCGGCAGAGUCGGCUGUGUCCGGGCGCGCGGCGCUCCUUCUUCUGUCGGAUGAAAUGCAAGACGCAGGCGACCGUCAAGGAGGAGGCCGACACCACAACUGGCGGCCAGCGGCGCCGAAAGUCGCACAGCUUCGACCGCCGAUACUCGGUCAUCCACUGUACCGGCUACCUCAAGUCGUGGGCGCCCGCCAAGCUCAGUUUGCCCGACGACGCCCCGGCGGACGACAGCGAAGGGUGCAACCUGAGCUGCUUAGUGGCCGUGGGCAGGGUGCACGGAGAUCUGGCCAGCAGCCCUGCGACAAGGAACGCUCUGGACGCCGAGGCGAUUCAGUUCGUCUCUAGGCAUGCGGCCGACGGAAAGUUCAUUUUCAUUGACAAGAAGGCAACUCUGAUCCUUGGUUACCUCCCGCAAGAACUGCUUGGCACAGCGUGCUACGAGUACUACUGCCAGGACGACGUCUUGCGAUUGUCGGAAUGCCACAAGAAAGUUCUGCAAACGAAUGAGGCGGUGUGCACGCAACCAUACAAGUUCCGCGUCAAGGAGGGUUCUUUCGUCUGCCUCCAAACAACGUGGAAGGCCUUCAAGAACCCAUGGACCAAGGAACUCGAGUGUCUCGUUGCUAUAAAUACGCUCAUCGGGUCUCAAGAGGUGGUUAUUGUGGACAGUUCGAACGGUCAGCUGGACGAACUGCUGUGCGGAGGUCCAGCUGUCGCCAGCGGCCAGUGUGUGGACGUGGUUAUGCACAGUGCCGUGUCCUCGGACCACGCGAGAAGAGUUAUGACCCCAACCAGAGGCUCAAUGGCGGCACCUGGCUCGAACGGUGCAAGUCGCGCGGGUGGCGGCAAAGUUGGCCACCACGUCGCCAUGCACACUCUCAGCAACCAGGCCAAAUCUAAAGAAGCCUGUCAGAGUUCGAGUGCAACAGUUCUGGAUGCAAGCUGCCUUAGUGCGACCACGAACCAACCACUCACGUCAGAGAAGGCGAGGAAAGCCUUCGGCAGCCCAUCGCCCAGCACAAGCCUUCCUGGGCCCGGUGACCGGAACGACGAGAUGCAGACCGACUCGCCCGAACCACCGCCUCAGGCUGGUCAGGCUGUUGCGUUCAGGUCCGCCUCGCCAGCUAGUCAGCCCACGGCGGAGUCUGAGCUGGACUUGGUGAACAGCUUCGUAAGUCGAGACAUCCUGAGCGCCGGCACUCAGGGCAAUAGCGAAGGGAACGACGAGGCUGCCAUGGCUGUCAUCAUGAGCCUGCUGGAAGCGGACGCCGGACUUGGCGGACUGGUGGACUUCAGCGGCAUGCCGUGGCCUCUACCUUGAAACACCUAUUUGCGCUCCUGUUUCCGCGGACUCUCGCGAGUUCUGACCGUAGAGCAGAGAAGAACGUACCGCCUGUGGCAUGCACCAGAAGUCACUACCAGUCAGUAUUCACUCCAAAGCGCGUGCACUCCAGCACAGAUCACGGAACCGCGCGCCGCACAGAUUGCGUCCAGCAAGAAACUUUUCUAGGAGCUGACGUCCACUCAUCCAGUGCUGUUCGCGGCCAAACACGUGGUGUGUCGUCGUUGAGUGCUACCUUUCGUAUUGAGGCUGUCCGUGCUUAUUAACACCAAGUUCUGCUUCUACAGCGACGCCGGUUGUGCUCCCCUAUCCCCCCCUCCCUCCUGUCCACAGACUUGACGCUGGGCCACGUUGCUCGGCCGGUUUGUAAGCAACGUUACCACAUUUCGAACCACUUGCUGUACAUUCCCUGAAUACAUAAACGCACAUUUUUGCAGUUACGGCACACAAAGUAAAAUAGAUUACCAAGCAUCGUUACGAAGUUCUGCAUCGUCAGUACGCUGUUAAACAAAAUUACAGCCUUUGGGUCGUAUCUUGCCACACAGCGAUAAUCGUCAUCUCUCUUGUUCGCAUUUCCUUUCUUUAAAGCUGCGAGUCGGCUACUUCCAAGUCACGAACCGCAUGCGCGUGAUCAGCAUGACAGAGCAUUCUCGACAGGCAAGUAGCGAACGCAGCGUUUUCAAGAAAGGAAACGCAAGCAAGGCAGAUGACGGUUAUUGUUGUGUGGCAAAUGUACAUCCCAGAGGGUGUACAUUUGUUUAAGAGUCUAUUGAGAUGUUGCUUGCUGUUGGACUUAUCCCCAUUUGUUGUUGAUGUACAUUACUCGGAAAACGGGCGCCUUUUAGGGUUUGAUCUCCUCGUCCUGGUGUUGCUCCCUUUGCAAGGCUUCAGCGGAUGCAUAUUAUACGAGUACUCGAGUGCGCGUGGUCUCAUUCGGGCUUUGAUCGACGCACAAUUAGUAGUGAUUUAUAUAACACUCUGUAGGUAUCACGUCAUAUACGAAGUCGAGAUAUCGCCGCAGUAUUUGCUACAUUAUGUGAACUGUGAUAUUACGGAAUAUACUAAAACAUCACUGUACUUGCGGCAAAUAUGAAUAAAGCUUCAACAGAGCUGUAAUUUGAGUCACGUCGCAUCAAAACGGGCGUAGUAGAGGUUUCGUGUUAUAUAUAUACUAGAACGGGGCAUCGUGCAGGCUUUGUUCGGGCCACGAAUCUUGACACGUGUACUUGUUUGUACACGUGUCAAGAUUCGUUGCCAACAUUGUCAAGUGUACCGUUUUGCUUUCUUCACCGUCACUACCACGUGACAAUCCUACAAACAUCAGUGUAAUAAUUUGCGUUUGAAGGCAAGCAAAAAGGGAAAUGAAGUCAUCUGUCAGUGGCACUGGGUUCACCAUAAGGUGCUUCGUACGGUGGUUUUGUAUUGAAGAAAACAGUGCAGCUGAAUGAUAUUUGAUAGUGCAUAACAAGAGCCCGUGGUAAGUGCUACCGAACAAUGAAUGGUCAAAUUUGCGCACAUGCGUAUUACAAUCGAGGGCAUUACAACAGGUUGUGACGAAGUUUUGCUCGUAGUCCAUCGUAUUCGAGUUAUUCUUAUUUUCCUGUUCAAACCGCCCCCCCCCCUCCCCCCCGUGAAGGCACAUAUAUCAACGUUUGUGUUGUCAGCACUCCCUGUUGUACAGUUGCGGGAUUACGCUUCCUUGAACACCUCAACAAACGGUACAGUAAAACAAACUCUUUGUUGAAACACAUUCUCAGUAAAAAGUUCAAGCGAUUUUCAUAUCACGAACAAGUGACCAAACAAACCAAGGUUUAUGGAAAUCGUAGUGUCGCAUGUCCCAUGAGGGUAACGCUGGGUCCAAAAGACACGGAAACGCGUCUGCCAUUGUACAUUCCGCGCAUCUCAUGGGCCAAGAUUCGUAGCGCUGAAUUUCCGUUCCAGUGAUUCUUGUUCCGCGAAGCAAGAUAACGUUCCAAUUAGUAAUACGCCAGUAAUGUGCAAAGCCUGGGCUUCGCUGCACAAAUAUGCUCCUAGUGUUGCCUCACGUUUAGGAGAGCUUUACCUGGAGAAUGCUAACCUGCGUCCGUAUAAACGCAGCAGUUGUUUUGAUCUGAAUUCACUGAACAGUUCUUGAUUAUAUUUAUUUUGUUUGAAUGAACAAGUUAAAAUCUACUGGCUGUUUGCAGCAGACUUUCUGUUUUGGCCAUACUUCUUUUUAGGAAAAAUGCCGUACAUUGAAGAUACUGAAAUAAGAAAGCAGUUCUGUAAAUUAUAUCUAUUGGAAAGUGUAAAGCAGACAAUAAUGAUGCAUUUAUUAUACGCACACCAGUGUCAGCAAUAAAACUAAUUGGUGUUUACGACUUCAGCAGCAGUCACGUAAACAAUGUGAUGAUUUCACGUAAUAUAUUAACCAAUACAUAAUAAUUGUGCGCUUUAGAUUAUUUAACAGACACAGUUUAAAGAAUCGCGACAUCUGAUUUUGAUGCCGACUUAACUUGAAAUUUAUCAAUCUUGAGCAAAUUACCGCCAUACGUUCUAGCCCUGCUUCCAACAGUCGAUAAAAUUCAUCCCUUUAUCUUAAAUGCUACAAAUUUAGUUUAUAUCGGUUCAUUAGUUAUUUGUUGAGAGUAUCUUUUAAAUGUUUUACUUGUAUUUAAAUAGCGAGGGCGGGAUUUUCCACGUGCUGCAGUUUCCUCAUAUCCUGGCCUCGACAUGUGAAAUGCGAUCGUAAAAUAUCCGUACGGUACACAGGGGUAUGGAGCUCCUCUUUCGUGUGUGUGUGUGUGUGUUUGUUUUCUCUUUAGUCGAACAGUUCGCCAUCAGGCAUAUUAUUGUUGAAUAAAUGCGUGCAGUCCUUUG